AUGCCUGACUCCAUCUCGGAGCCUUUCACAAUCCCUCUCUACCACACACGCUCCCUUUCGAACAAUCAACACAUCCCUACCCACAACCAAACGCAGCGCAGGACAGACACUCCUAUUGAACUGAGUAGUUUCACAUCACAACCUAAUCAGACGGACGGGUCUCCAAGCACUACAAGCAUCAGCGAGGAAGUCGAAGACUCAGAUACGGACGAGUCGGAACAGGACCAUUUGGUUGUCGGAAAUCCAGAAUCCCAGAUGAGGCGUGCAAGGUCUAAAAAGAACAAGUCAAAACGAUCACCGUCUCGUGGAGAAUUGCGCAUCGAGACUUCUCCAAACGGGCAAACGAAUGGGCACGCCAACGGCAGCAUGACUUCCCAUAUCGAGCUCCGACGCAAGCAUGUGUCGAGCAAUGACACUGCAUCUACCGUCACCCGUGCUAUAAGCCGGGAUGACUUCUCUUUGGACAACGAACCUCCUCCGCCCACCCCUCAAACACCCGGAAUGGUUAACACCAGCUUCAGUGAUCUCCCACCCACCGACAAACGCAAUUUCUUGCUACUGGUCCUUCUCUAUUUCCUCCAGGGAAUACCAAUGGGCCUCGCAGGAGGUUCAGUGCCCUUUCUUCUCAAAAGCUAUUUGUCAUAUGGACAAAUUGGUAUAUUCUCCCUGGCAGCAUACCCAUAUUCGCUCAAGCUGUUAUGGAGCCCAAUUGUUGAUGCAGUCUGGAGUCGCCGCUUCGGUAGGAGGAAAAGUUGGAUCACCCCAAUUCAAACCAUAUCUGGGUUUUCCAUGAUUUAUUUGGGGGGUGGAAUCGAUGAGAUGAUGAAGAAGGCUGGCGAGGAUAAUGGUUCUGGAGUAUGGAAUUUCACUGGGUGGUGGUUCCUUCUGGUUUUUCUCUGUGCCACUCAGGACAUUGCAGUUGACGGGUGGGCCAUAUCGCUGCUCUCAAUGCAGAAUAUGUCUUAUGCCUCUACUGCCCAGACGGUUGGACUUACAGCUGGGUCGUUCUUGUCCCAUACAGUAUUCCUGGCAUUGCAAGCCCCUGACUUUGCCAAUGCCUGGUUUAGGGCCGUUCCCAAGGACUUUGGCCUUCUGACACUUGGUGGUUACAUGAAAUUUUGGGGUUGGGCAUACCUCCUCGUGACUCUGGGGCUUGCGUUUCUGAAAAAGGAGGAAAAGACCAAUGAGCGUGAUGGAAUCAUGGAAGUCUACCGCAGUAUGUGGGCUGUCCUGAAGCUUCCCAAUAUCCUCAUAAUCAUUGCCAUCCACCUCGUGUCAAAGCUGGGUUUCGUAACGAAUGAGGCAGUUACAAAUUUGAAGCUACUUGACAAGGGCUUCGGCCAGGCAAACCUAGCCCUCGUUGUCCUCAUCGACUUCCCCUUCGAGCUCAGUUUGGGCUAUUACGCGGGCAAGUGGUCUACUGAAUACACCCCACUGAAAUUGUGGUGUUGGGCUUUCGUGGCAAGACUGUUUGCAGCGAUCUUUGCGCAAUUUACUAUCAUGAUAUAUCCCACUGCGGUCGGCGAAGCAGUCCCUUUUUGGUAUCUCCUGGUGGUUAUUGUGUCGCAUAUAUACUCGACAUUUAUGAGUACGAUCAUGUUUGUCGCCUCAGCAGCUUUUCAUGCAAGAAUUGCUGAUCCAGCAAUCGGAGGCACCUAUAUGACGCUGCUUGCAACCGUGUCUAAUUUGGGAGGAACAUUUCCCAAGUUCUUCAUUCUCAAAUUCGUCGAUAUCUUCACCAAAGCAACUUGCCUACCACCGACCGAUCUGCCCGGGUUUCAGAAGGCUCAUCCAGAUCUUACACCAAUCACAUCAUCCUUUAGCUGCGCUCUCGAGAGCGACAAGAGCCACUGUCUCAAAGGUGGCGGCACCUGCCUCAUGCAACGUGAUGGUUAUUAUCUUACCAACGUCAUGUUUGUUAUUAUCGGAGCGGUCCUGUUUUGGACAUUCAUAGAGAGAAAGGCUCUUGCGUUGCAAGCACUACCGCUGAGGGCAUGGCGAGUACAAGGAGAGCAUUCUUACCACCGGGUAUCGACCGGCUGA